UGUUUCUCUCUCUCUCUCUCUCUCUCACAACAAUCAGUCAGCUCGUGCAGUCGAAGAAUGAACAGGGUGAUCGUGAGAAAACUUGCUGCUAAUGUCGCCAGGUUAAGAGUUCAGCACGAGUUUUUCUGCACUGAUGCAGCUGCAAGAGUGUCUGGUUCUAAUCGUAGCCAUGAGCAUGAAGAGAAACAUGAUUUCAGUAAUAACAUUCAGCAGUAUGACAUUGCUAUUGUUGGAGGAGGCAUGGUUGGCAUGGCUCUAGCUUGUUCCUUGGCAAGCAUGCCAUUGACAAAGCACUUAAAGGUUGCCAUCAUUGAUAGCAAUCCUGCAUUGGGAAGUAAAGUCUGCUUCAAAAAAGAGGACCCCCCGGAUCCAAGGGUCAGUACAGUCACACCUGCAACUAUCUCUCUUUUCAAAGAUGUUGGUGCUUGGCAAUACAUAGAACGCCAUCGACAUGCAUAUUUUGAUAAAAUGCAGGUUUGGGAUUAUACUGGUUUAGGAUACACAAGCUACAAUGCAAGAGACAUAAAUAAAGAAAUUUUAGGUUGUGUAGUGGAGAAUAAGGUUCUUCACGGUUCUCUGCUGUCAUGUAUUGAGAAUAAAGAUUUCCAGAAGACCAUCUAUCCCUCCAGGUUAACUUCAAUGACUUUACAUCCGAGGUCUUCACCCAUGGGGAUGGACAGCACAUCAUCAAGGACACCGUCAUCUUCUCUGAGGCAUUUAGCAAAGCUGGAAUUGACUGAUGGCAAUAGCCUAUAUGCAAAGUUGGUGGUUGGAGCUGAUGGUGGCAAGUCACGUGUCAGGGAGUUAGCAGGAUUCAAGACAACUGGAUGGAAUUACUCACAGAAUGCAGUCAUAUGUACGGUAGAACAUACUGAUGGAAACCAAUGUGCAUGGCAGCGGUUUCUACCUGCUGGUCCAAUUGCACUUUUGCCAAUGGGUGAUAAUUUUAGCAAUAUUGUAUGGACUAUGAACCCAAAAGAGUCAAUGGACCGUAAAUCAAUGAGUGAGGAUGAUUUUGUGAAGGAUGUAAAUAAUGCUUUGGAUUAUGGAUAUGGUCCUCGUCCUAAGUCAAGCUUAUUAGGAAAUGAAGAUAUGUUUUCUUGGCUUAGAGGAUAUGUGACGUUAUCAGCUAAUGAGUGUUUUGAAGUUCCACCGAAAGUAGUUAAGUUGGCUUCUGAAAGAAUGGUGUUUCCAUUGUCUUUAAUGCAUGCCAAUGACUAUGCAUCGAAGCAUGUGGUUCUAAUUGGUGAUGCUGCACACACAGUUCAUCCUCUGGCUGGUCAAGGAGUCAAUUUGGGUUUUGGAGAUGCAUUUGCUCUAUCAAGAGUCAUUGCCGAGGGUAUAGCUGUAGGCACUGACAUUGGAGAGGUAAGUCUGUUAAAGAAAUAUGAAGCGGAGAGAAAACUGGCAAAUAUUACGAUGAUGGCAAUACUGGAUGGUUUUCAGAAGGCAUACUCUGUUGAUUUUGGACCCCUGAAUAUACUGCGAGCCGCGGCUCUCCAUGGGGCGCACUAUAUUUCACCUCUUAAAAGAAGUAUUAUUUCGUAUGCAUCAGGGGAACAGAGGCUGCCACUCUUUUCUUGAGAAACACUGUAAAUAUCCUGACGGACCUGACCAGAGGAUAUCAAUGAAGGACUAAACUUUGCACAUUAUGUAGCAAUGAAUAAUCUCUUUCUUUCAUCAAUCUUGUAUAGUAGCAAUUUCCGAAUAUCAGCAGAGAUCGAAGAGCCUGUUUCAAUGACCAAUCUUCUCUUUUCACGUUCAA